UUCUUCGCCAUGGCCAGCUAAAAGCCCCUGGAAGAGCCUUCCAGCGCUUGGACGGACUCUUUUAAAGAGGUGUCUUUCUGCAAGACACCGUAUUGUUCACUUGCGCCUCCAAAGUACUGGACAGUGAAAAUCUGCCUUCUUGUUACUUCAAGCCUAAUCAAGAUGAACGCUUCCGUACUUCUAUUUAUGGCAGUAGUCAUCAUCGGGUCGACGACCGCACAAUUCUAUGGAGUAGACCCUUAUCGUCAAUAUGGAGGAGGAUACCGUCCAUACCGACCAGCUUAUGGAGGUGGUUAUCGUCCAAGCUACGGUCAUUAUCGACCACCAGGAGGUAGUUAUUAUGGUGGCUAUCCCGACGAUCAUCACCACCAUCACCAUCACAACCAUCAUAAUCAUGGCUAUCCUGUUGGCGGUGGUUAUGUACCCAAUCAAGGUGGAGUUGCUUCAGUGCCAGCUGCCCCAGUCGCCGUAAAUCCAUCGGGCACCCUGGCUCCUGGAUCAGCAAAUGCCGGAGGUGCAGGUAAUGGAGCUGUACAGAACGGCCAGGCGAUUGGCACAGGAACAGGAGUGGCGAACGCUGGACCAGGUGGAUUCGGUAUAGGUCUCGGAAUUGGAUUAGCCGUCGCAACACCCUUGGGAAACAUUGCUCUCGGCGAAGGAAACAGCGUCUCUGUUGGUAAAAAAUAAGAAAACAUUUUAUUGCAGUCGGCUUUGUUGUUUGAUCACACGCAGUUAAAAAACAAAACCUUGUUUCGUCUGUCAAAUUAUUUACUUAUGAUGAGUUUUGCGUACCUUUCCAGUACAACCUGCUGCACAAUAAACUUUAAAUCACACGAAA